UAGUCUGACAGACACACAGUGAUGAAGUUCAACAAAGGUAUAUCUCUCAGAGCUGCACUCUAGCUACCACAGUUGGCACUUCAAACCUGGAUUAUAAGGAAAAGGGGAGGCAUCCUCGGACUGCAAAACCUGUUCAAGCAGCCAGCAGAUUUCCCUGAAUAAGCAGCACGUUAACCAGAAUACAGUAGGAGGACCUUUCAGACCUCCAGGGGACUAAAGAGGAGAGGGACAGACAGAAAUCCCCGCCGGGUUAACCACUAUAGAGGAAGAUCAAGCCAAGGAUCCAUAUGUCACACUACAACAACACUGGAGGAUAUAACAACCCUGGCUAUCAUGACAGUGACACCCUGGAGAUAGAUAGGAGUCCUUCUAGGAAAUCCCAAUCCCGUCACAGUAAGCCCCAUGGUAACCCCUACCCCAGGGAUGAUGGAGCCGGGGGUGAGAGGGGGAGGUCUGAUCUUCAGCAGCUCCCAGGAGGGGUCCAGUCCAGCUACGACGAUGCCCAGGAGAGAGUGCCCUGGGGCGGGUGGCAGGAGGGGAGCUGGAGGGGCAGAGACAGCAUUCCCAUGGGUCUCCUUCCUCCCCGGUCGGAGAGCCCACGAUGGCAGCAGCAUGACCUCAAUCACAGCGGGUACCAGAUCGACCAGGCAACGCAUUAUGACACAACGCCUCCUGUACGACUUCCAUCUGCAACUUCAGGUCAUGUUUCGAUGAGGUUCAGGGGGUCGAGGAAGAUGAGUCUAUUCCCUGUAGGAGAGGCUGCUCUGGGCAAUCUGGGCCUUUCUGAGGACGACAUCAGGAAUGAGAUGGAAAAUGAGGAACAGAACUUGGUCCAAGAGCUGGUUGCUAUGUCAACGAGGGACAGAAUCAAGGCCAUCCGAGACCUCCCUAUGAGCUUUGAUGACAAGAAACACAUCAGGGGUCAAGUGUUGGCGUUGAAAUCAUUCAAAAAGUCCCGGCAACUGAACUGCUUUGCAGACUGCUCAAAGACUGUCUCACUGGCGUUCCGCAGGUGCGGUGCUAACAUGACUUUAGCCAAGCAGACCCUGGAACUGUGGCGGGGUACCAUGAAGGAGGUCGGGGGUAAAUUUGGCACGGGGGUCCUCUCCUACUUCAAGUUCCUAAAAUGGCUGCUGAUGUUCAACAUCUUCUCCUUCCUGGUCAACUUUGGUUUCAUCACCAUCCCCCAGCUCAUCUAUCACCCCACGCCAGACAUCCCCGCUGGGGUCAGCUUCAAAGGGCUAGAGAUACUGACCGGAGCGGGUUAUUUCAGCCACACAAUGAUGUAUUAUGGCGGCUACAGUAAUAAAACACAAGGGACAGGGGGCCGGUCUGAGUACAACAUGCAGCUGGCCUACUUCUUCACCAUAGCAGCCUACAUGGUGUUGUGUGGAGCCGCCCUCAUCUACAGCAUGGCCAGCUCGUUCAGGAAGAAGUAUGUCCUUGCAGACUCAGGCUUGGGUGGAGCCUGGCAGCUCCUGUGUAGCUGGGACUUCAGUGUGACUAACGAGAAAGCCGUACGACAGCGCAAGAACAAUCUGCGCAUCCAACUCAAGGAGUCCUUAUCAGAAAAGUUCCAGGUGGCCCUGCUACCUCUGACAGAGAGGCUGAAGCACUAUGGGGUCUUCCUGGGUACCUGGCUCCUCUCCACGGGCAUGGCCUUGGGCUGUGGUGCCAGUGUCUACUUCCUGUGUCAAUAUGAUACAUGGCGGACGAGGCAGUCAGGGGACACAGCUUCCGGCUCUCUCCUGGAGGAGGCCGCUACUCUCCUCCUCCCCUUUGUGGUGUCCCUGAUCAAUCUGGUUGUCCCUCUCUUCUACUCUCUGUUCAAAAAGAUAGAGCACUACUCCAACCCUCGCAUGCAGGUCUAUGCCAUCAUAGUCAGAAAUGUCAUUCUCAAGUUGUCCAUUCUGGGUAUUCUCUGCUACUACUGGAUGAAGGAUGUGGCCAAUACAUUUUCAUGCUGGGAGUCCAUCGUAGGACAAGCCUUGUACAGACUGGUUAUUAUGGACUUCCUCUUCAUAAUGUUAGGAUCCUUCUUUGGAGAGUUCCUGAGCAAUGUCAUUGGGACUAAAUGCAUACAGAGCCUGGGAGUUCCAGAGUUUGAUGUUGCCAGGAAUGUCCUUGACCUGAUCUAUGCACAGACCCUGGCAUGGAUCGGAAUCUACUUCUCUCCCCUCCUCCCAGUGAUACAGAUAAUCAAGUUCUUCAUCCUCUUCUACCUAAAGAAGGUCAGCCUGACCCAGAACUGCCAGCCCCCCAGGCGAGCCGGCAGGGCGGCUCAGAUGCAAACCAUCUUCAUCGCUAUCCUCUUCUUCCCUUCCUUCGUGGGGGCUCUGUCCAUGGUGGCCUACACCGUGUGGACUCUGCCCCCCUCAGACAAGUGUGGGCCCUUCAGGGGCCUCAACACCACCUUCAGUGCAAUACAGAUCUGGAUGGAUGAUUUGAACAGGGUGGAUGCGUUUCAGUGGACUGUCUGGAUCUACCAGCACGUCAUCAGGAGUGAGAUAUUCUACUUCCUGGUCUCUCUCAUCAUCCUUGUCUUCAUUUACAUCUUCAGGCAGAUCACUCAGGGACGCCAGCUGCUUAUCAUUCUACUGAGACAGCAGAUUGUUAAUGAAGGGAAGGACAAGGCGUUCUUGUUGGAGAAGCUACAGAACCUUCAGAAAUCCAAGCAGAACAAACAGAAAAAGAAAAAACAGGUCAGGAAAAGACAGGAAAAUGAAUCCUCCUCUGGCAUGCUCCAGGCUCUGAUUGCCCGACAGCGGUUGGAGCAAGAGAAUGGUGACAGCAGCAGCUCUUUCGGUGUGCCUAUGCCUUCCGGCCACUCAGUCUCCACGACAUCGAGUGCUAUGAUGCAGGCCAUGCUAGCCAGGCAAUACGCAGAGGACCAGGAUGUAGCCAGUUAUCGCGGGGUGCCAUUUCCUGCAGACCAAACACCUGCGCCCUCCAGUGCACUGAUACAGGCCAUGCAAGCCAGGCAAAGGGCGGAGUCACAGAAUGAGGACGAGUUUUACCGGGAGCCAGUUCAGUCACAGAACCCAGUAAACGCGUUACCCAGUGCGAUGAUACAGGUGAUGCAAGCCAGGCAGAGGGCGGAGUCAGAGCAGGAAGAGGACGAGUUUUACCGGGCGCCAGUUCAUUCAGAACACCCAGUGUCAUCAACGCCCAGUGCGAUGAUGCAGGUCAUGCAGGCCAGGCAGCGAGCAGAGGAGGAGGAGAGCGAGUUUUACCGGGCGCCUGCUUCUUCACAGCACCCAGAUGCGUCAGGCACCGGUAGUGCUCUGAUACAGGCCAUGCUAGCCCGGCAACAGGUAGAGGAGGAUACUGAGCAUGACCGAGAACUGAACCACUUGGGGGGGAAAAAAUAUGGCGGACAAAAUUGAAAUGUGACCAGCUGUAGAAAGCAGAGAAAUAUAAGAGGAAACGCAAUAAGAUUCUGUCUGGCAUCAAGAGGGCAGGACCACCUCUAUGUAGACUGUUUCUAUUGGACCAUAAAAGAGUGUAGCCAAUGGGGUGUGAAAAGAUACAUCUGAUAUAUGUAUUCCCUUUUGAUAAAAGAACACAUUGUUUUUGUACAAAAAAAUAUUUGAAUAUUUAAUAUAUUUGUGUACUGUAUGUAUACAUGUUUUUUGCUUAGUCUGUAAAAUACUUUCAAUGAAUGUUGUAUAAAUGUAGGAAUAUUCUCAUCCGUAUUCAAUUGUAAAUACUAUAAAAUUGUAUGGUACUCUAUGUUGAUUUUUUCCAUGAACAGCACUGUCCUCUAGUGGUAGGGAUUGAACCUGGUCUAGAUGUUCAUCAAUGAAUAGGUACUUGAGUAGAUAUCAAAUAUAUACUUUGAGAAUACAUCCAAGUCACUUAUUGUUCUCAGAGCAAAGCAAAAACGAAUAUAGAACAUAAUGAAAGAAACUACAGAAAAUAUUUUCUGUACAAAAUGAAACACUCUUGAGUUUGCUAUGGAAUACAUUUGUUUAUUGAGUAAUUAAUUGCAGAAUCCUUAAUCCCUAUAAGCACAAAGUACUUUAAAUAGAAUACACAGUCAUUGGUCAUAAUUGUACUCAAGUAACAUUGGUGUCCAGUGGUCAGUUUUAUCCGACACUGAGUAAUGUGCAGUAAACAGACCACUGAGGCAACAAACAACACACAACUUCAAAAGGAAAAUAAUACACAUCUUACAGUGAUUUCACAGAUCAAAACCAUUCUACUUUGUGACAUGUAUUUACAUUCAUAUAGUUACGUGUUAUAGGCACGGUAUACGCUGCAAACACUUAUAGCUAUAUUUUGCGGUGCACAUUCUUAAAAUACGAGUUGAAUGCAGUUUGUCACCCCCUUCCUAAUUCCAUAUUUAGUAAGGCUAAUAGCAUGCAAAAACAUAGCAUAAACAGUCCUAUGGUGUCCCAGGAAAAUCAGAGGGCAUUCUGUUACAAAUCUUGUUUAAAGGGGCAUCCAUUUUUGAACAUACAAAUGAAUGAUAUGUACCCAUUCAUUCUUGAAGAAUAUAACAUUAAUGCCUCAUCAGUUCAACUGUCUGACCCCAUUAGAACCCAAAAUACAGUGCCUUGCGAAAGUAUUCGGCCCCCUUGAACUUUGCGACCUUUUGCCACAUUUCAGGCUUCAAACAUAAAGAUAUAAAACUGUAUUUUUUUGUGAAGAAUCAACAACAAGUGGGACACAAUCAUGAAGUGGAACGACAUUUAUUGGAUAUUUCAAACUUUUUUAACUAAUCAAAAACUGAAAAAUUGGGCGUGUAAAAUUAUUCAGCCCCCUUAAGUUAAUACUUUGUAGCGCCACCUUUUGCUGCGAUUACAGCUGUAAGUCGCUUGGGGUAUGUCUCUAUCAGUUUUGCACAUCGAGAGACUGACAUUUUUUCCCAUUCCUCCUUGCAAAACAGCUCGAGCUCAGUGAGGUUGGCUGGAGAGCAUUUGUGAACAGCAGUUUUCAGUUCUUUCCACACAUUCUCGAUUGGAUUCAGGUCUGGACUUUGACUUGGCCAUUCUAACACCUGGAUAUGUUUAUUUUUGAACCAUUCCAUUGUAGAUUUUGCUUUAUGUUUUGGAUCAUUGUCUUGUUGGAAGACAAAUCUCCGUCCCAGUCUCAGGUCUUUUGCAGACUCCAUCAGGUUUUCUUCCAGAAUGGUCCUGUAUUUGGCUCCAUCCAUCUUCCCAUCAAUUUUAACCAUCUUCCCUGUCCCUGCUGAAGAAAAUCAGGCCCAAACCAUGAUGCUGCCACCACCAUGUUUGACAGUGGGGAUAGUGUGUUCAGGGUGAUGAGCUGUGUUGCUUUUACGCCAAACAUAAUGUUUUGCAUUGUUGCCAAAAAGUUCAAUUUUGGUUUCAUCUGACCAGAGCACCUUCUUCCACAUGUUUGGUGUGUCUCCCAGGUGGCUUGUGGCAAACUUUAAACAACACUUUUUAUGGAUAUCUUUAAGAAAUGGCUUUCUUCUUGCCACUCUUCCAUAAAGGCCAGAUUUGUGCAAUAUACGACUGAUUGUUGUCCUAUGGACAGAGUCUCCCACCUCAGCUGUAGAUCUCUGCAGUUCAUCCAGAGUGAUCAUGUGCCUCUUGGCUGCAUCUCUGAUCAGUCUUCUCCUUGUAUGAGCUGAAAGUUUAGAGGGACGGCCAGGUCUUGGUAGAUUUGCAGUGGUCUGAUACUCCUUCCAUUUCAAUAUUAUCGCUUGCACAGUGCUCCUUGGGAUGUUUAAAGCUUGGGAAAUCUUUUUGUAUCCAAAUCCGGCUUUAAACUCCUUCACAACAGUAUCUCGGACCUGCCUGGUGUGUUCCUUGUUCUUCAUGAUGCUCUCUGCGCUUUUAACGGACCUCUGAGACUAUCACAGUGCAGGUGCAUUUAUACGGAGACUUGAUUACACACAGGUGGAUUGUAUUUAUCAUCAUUAGUCAUUUAGGUCAACAUUGGAUCAUUCAGAGAUUCUCACUGAACUUCUGGAGAGAGUUUGCUGCACUGAAAGUAAAGGGGCUGAAUAAUUUUGCACGCCCAAUUUUUCAGUUUUUGAUUUGUUAAAAGUUUGAAAUAUCCAAUAAAUGUCGUUCCACUUCA